CAAUUGUGUAAAAACAUUACUUUUAUCUCAAAGAGUAUAAGAGUUUUUUUUAUUAAUUGCGUAUGAACUUCUUUACUGAAGACACGCAUUAGCACAGAAUACCCUAGGGGUGAAAAUGAAUAUUGCGGUUAUUAAUUUUGUGUGUGUGUAUGUGUGAGUGUUUACGAUAAACAAUGUGUUUAAGUUAACACAUGUUAUGUUUUUAAGCUUAGGAUAUUAUUAAUGGACGUUAUAAAAGCUCGCCACCACCAUCAGCAUCAACCCACCCAUAAAUACAAGUUCCUUAUACGGAUUUGCUCUUUUCGGAUCUUGCAUUGUCGUAUUCUUUUCUGUUUACCCAUGGGCAAAUACCGGCUAUCCUGUACGUUCAUGUGUGAUUUCAUAUGUUAAAGCAGACCUCAAGACAUAUUCUUAUCCUGUUGACCUAUAUCAUUCUAUUAAUUUUAACGAGCUUUGCUUCCCUCAUAUAGAUGCCGUUAAAUUGCACUUACAUUUAUUUUCAGGCGUAUUGCAUUGACAGACUUUCCGUCUGUGACAUGGUGACAAUGACUUGCAGGUAUUCCUCCCAUUUAUCAAUUAUCAACACACUACAAUGGAUAUAUUUGUUGUCAUGUCCAACAAGAUAAAGUGUUUCAGCUUAAUAAAAUUUAAAAAAACAAAACAAAUCAAGCCCAUCUUUGCACGUCUCAAGCACGGACAGACAGGGUGAUUAUUUUGCAAAAACAACCUUCGCCUCUUGGGUCUGACUGUGCCAUUAGGCGAAUCACCCAUGCAGAUUUGACAGUUCGUCAAUGAGACUAUAUACAGCAAGUACCUCAAAAAGCCACUCAACGUUUUACUUCCAUUUAGUCAUUACUCCUAGAAACAUUAAUUGUGCAAAGUGAUACGAGGGAGAGAUUUUAAAAGAGUCGCAUUUAGGUCUUAGCUGAUUUUUCGAAUGUUAUUUGAAAGGAUGACAGUAAGAUGAUUGUAGGUGAUUUUACUCUCUUAACUUUGUGUUCUGCUACAAAAAAAGCCGCAUCGGUUUUUCGAGGGUUCGGAAAUUUUUAAUAGUAUUUGUGCAUCGUACUUCGGUGAACAGACAAUAUUCACUGUAGUGCUUUAAAAGUGUUUCAAAAGGAUACAGCGCAAUGGGAACAUUCUCCUAACCGUUGAGUUGGCAGAUACCCGAGUGAGUGAAAUUGACUUUUAAACAAGAUGCUGCUUCAAAACCAGAGUUUACCAUCCCUUGACGCCAACCUAACAAGUACAGAACCUGCCAGCGCAACCACCGAAUACGAGGAAUCUGACGAGAUGCGAUAUCUUCGGUUCACCUUGUUCGGUGUUAUCAGCCUGGCUUCGGUGGUGGGGAACGCGAUCAUUAUCAAAUCCGUCAUUUCCAUCCCUUACAAAAAACCGCUGACCUACACCCUCACGACAAACCUUGCGAUCGCUGAGCUCGUCAGCACCAUCUUCUUACUGAUGCUCGUCAUCUACGAGGAGAUCAAGACCUGGCCAUUUGGAGACUUCAUGUGCCACCUAACAAGCCCAAUACAGAUUCUAUCCGGUUUGGUGGUCACGUGGUCUAUGGCGCUGAUCUCAAUUCAUCGCUUUGUGGUGAUUACAAGCCCUGGGUCUCAAUAUAUCAAAAAGCAGGAGUUGCUCAUGGUAUUGCUGUGGUUAGCGGCUACUGCGAUCACGUUCCCGCUUUUCAUGUAUUCCAAGAUGGUUAUGUCUCCGUUUGACCCGGACACAUACUGGUGCUUUGUGUUAUUUCCUGGGGAUUCGCUGUCCAGUUUCCCCUCGUACCGUACCUACCACAUGGUUCGGUUCAUGUUGAAUUAUAUCCUUCCUAUCGUCAUCAUGAUCGCCGCGUACGGAGCCCUUGGCUUUCGACUCAAGUACCAUAUUGCAUUUAUUCGCACUGUUCACUCAGAGCUCACCGUGCCCAACUCCGGGACGCAUUCAACCGGAGCUGUCACUGUGAACGGUAACACUGACAUAGAAGCUUCUGAACCAAAUAAUGACAACAACAAUGACGCCAUUCUAGCUGGGACCAAAGACCCUAGUCGUCAAGUCCAUGCUUCGUUUUCGCAAACGUCGUCGGAUGUCGUUUACGAGAACUUAUUGAUUGAUCUCGAGUCGGAUCUCCUUCGCAUGAUCUACGCUAUUAUACUGAUUUUCGUCGUCUGCUAUAUACCCUACCAGGUGUUUUACUUUCUGGAGUACUUCGACGUGGUGUCGUAUCAAAAAUGGCGCUAUUUCACGGUCUGCCGUCGGUACAUAUUCCUGAUCACGUGUCUGCCGAGUGCGCUGCACCCACUUUGUUACGGGACGAUGAGCAAGUUCUACGCGAAGGCUUUUGCGCGAAUUGUCCUUUGUAAAUGGAGAAGGCGGAGUGCCCGACCGCGGAGGGUAGGUCCCGUAUGAGAAUCGUCACAUUAUCAGAAGCCAUUAUCCAUACAAAGUAAAUCUGCUACACGUGAGUCUGGGCUACCUGUGUUCAAAUUUUAAGAUCCCCGUCUGUGAAAAGGCUAAUCCAAUAUAAUGACUCAGUUGCAUACUGUUUGCGCGCCACGGGUGAUGAUUUCGAUGACAAGGAAAAUCUAACAUAGCCUCAUAUGGCCUUCACUCGGUAAAACGGGAUAUACCCUUAUUUGGUGAUGGCUUAGAGGGCCUUUUACUAUCAUGGUAUAAUCUUUCACCCUAUUGAAGAAAAUUCAUGCUUCAAUAUUUAUGAUAUGUGAUGACUACACCUUUUGCUGUUCAUUACCAGGAAAUCUACAUUCAUUUGCGGCAAUUUACGAUAAAUAACGCGAGUAUACAUUCAUUUUCGUCAUAAAGCGUCCAUUUGCGUGAACACAAAUUUCAUUAGCGAUAUUUACAACAUUCAAUCGCAAAGAUCGACAGUCAUUCGCGCCUUUCGUCAUUCAAAGGCGAAAAAUGUACUUUAAUCUGCGUGUUUAUUCGAUCAUUAACAAAAAAUCUAUAGACAAAUGUGUGAAUUGACAGUCAUAUGAAUUUAACUUAUAUUUAUUAGUGUUUAUUGACAUCUUUAACAAAAAGAGGGAAUUCAAUUGAAUUUAUAGACAACCAUUUAUACGGACAUGACAUAAAUUAGUGCGAUUAUACAAACGUUCAUUAACCAAAAAUCUUUUUUCAAUAAAACAAUAAAUAAUUUGAGUGUUUUUUUUUUUUACCAAACUAGAUGUUUUAUAAGCUUUCGCAUUCUGACAAAAGGUUAUGCAACCCUUUCCAAACAAAUAACGGUAUAAAUGUAGACAACAUUGUACAGUUUUUUUCUGUUCGGCAAUACUGUCCAGUUCGUGCAAUUGUUCAGUACCGUUGCAAUGCCUCCAAGAAAUAGAAUCCCCUUUGAGCACCGCGAGCGAAUUAUACGGUCAUUCGAAGAUGAAGAGGAAGAUUAUCUCCUGGUGGCGGACACAUUGGGGGUCAACCCUUCCACAGCCCGUGGUAUCGUUGCUAGAUACAUACGAGAAGGGAGAAUUGAAGAAAGACCACGAGGUGGAAGAAAUAACGCAAGAGUAGAUGACGAGAUGAUAGACUGCCUAAACGAUAUCAUCAACGACAACUGCCUUCUUACUCUCAGCCGUAUCAACCAAGAACUAAGAAGGCGACUGCCCUUGAAACCAAGGAUUUACGACCGCACGGUAGCGAGAACGCUAGAUGGCAUGUUGUUCCGUGUAAAGCUGGCAAGGCCCCUCCCAGCGGAAAGGAACAGACCUGACGUUCUACAGAAAAGAGUAGACUACGGCAACUGGUUCAUGAACCGUGGUGUCGUGCAUCAUUCGGUCUUUGUAGAUGAAUGCGGCUACAAUAUCUGGACCGCAAGAAGUCACGGGAGGGCGAGACAAGGAGAGCGAGCCUAUAGACAGGUCUGCGGGCAGCGUGGGAGGAACAUUACCGUAACAAUGGCAAUAUCACCAAUCAAUGGUCUUGUAUUCCACUCGGCAAUUAUUGGUUGCAUGAACGCACAGCAGUUCAGCGACUUUCUUUCUUAUGAUGGAGCGCCACCACAUCGCAACCCUGACAUACCCGGGCCCAAUACAGAGCUGAAAAUGCUACCACCCUACAGCCCCUUUUUGAACAUUGUGGAGCAGGCAAUAAGCGCUCUUAAAGCGGCUAUAAAAGCUGACAUCUCAAGGCCAGAAGUACAAGCCCAGAUGGGAGAUAGGGGUGCGGCUAGAGACCAAGGCCUUGCAUUGGGAGUUUUCCGUACGCGUUUGCUUUUGCAAGCUUUGCAGCGCAAUAUUGGUACUAUAACCCCUGCUAAAUGCGCUCAGUGGUACCGAUUCAUGCAAACAUAUUUACCACGAUGUCUGAAUGGCGAGGUGAUCGAUGGCUAAUGCAAAGUGCAGCGAAAUGCUCUAUGUAGAACUUUAACAUGACUCACCGUUAUUGAAAAUAUAUUUUUCGUCAUUGAAUGUAAAGAACGCGCAAAUGCUUGUAUAAACCCAGUAAUGUAUAUCAUAUUCGCGUGAAUGACGUCUAUAAAUGCUAUUGAAUUUCACUCUUUGUUAUAAAGAUGUUAAUAAAUAUGUGUUGCACGCAGUUGACUAAUUGUUUAUCUUUUUUUGUUAAUGGCCGAAUGAAAACGCAGAUGAAAGUAUAUUUUUCGCCUUUGAAUGACGAAAGGCGCGAAUGACUGUCGAUUUUUGCGAUUGAAUGUUACUGGCGAUGUAAAUAUCGCUAAUGAAAUUUGUGUUCACGCAAAUGAGUGCUUUAUGACGAAAAUGAAUGUAUAUCCGCGUUAUUUGAUCGUAUAUUGCCGCAAAUGAAUGUAGAUUUCCUGGUAAUGAACAGCAAAAGGUGUAGUUUCUUCUUACUAAAACAAAAUUGAUGUAAAUGCUGGGCGUCCAAUUCUGUCAGUAAUAAUUAUUUAACCAUAUACAAACUAAGGGCUCCAUACAUUGGAUAUCUUCAAGCCUGAAAAUAUUUAUCCCUAGAAAAUGCUUUCAGCACCGAACUCGGCGCCUAAGGCACCCCACUAGUUCCCGGUAUAUCCAAUUCCCUUAGUAGUGGGUAUCACUUUUACACAAUGUAUCAUAACUGAAUUAAAGAAAUAAUAAAGACUAAAUAAACAAGUUGCAGGAUGUUGAAACCA